AUGGCGGACGUGGAUGUCGAGGCGACUCGAACCUACAGGGAACUGGUCGAUGAUCUCCUCGAUCGGGCUGAGCGCGUGAAACCGGACAAGCAGAUCGAGCCUCCGUUGACUGAAGCGCAGUUGGGCGAGUCGAUAUGGCAGGUGCAGGGAGAUGACGCACAUGUGGUGGAUGGAAUGAAUCAACAGACGCAGUUUGCUGCUGUUGAGAUUGCUUUCAGGGAGAAAUUCUACAGCGUUCUUGCGACAACAUCAAUCGAUGAUCCUUCAUUUAUUCAGAUCUGGAAUUUGCUUGAUAUCGUCUGUAUUUUCUCCGAUAAUGAACAAUGCGAGCCGGGUCUCAUUUUCUGGUUAAUUGAAGAGCUCCUUGAUAGCCAGACGAUCGAUGGGUGUCGAAAGGUCUUUGACUACCUGGAGUCACGCAGGGAACGCAACACCAAGAAACACUUCAAACAGAAAAGUCUAGUCAUCCUUCGAUCGUGUAACGAACUACUCCGGCGACUAUCUCGAGCAGAGGAUACGGUUUUCUGUGGACGGGUGUUCAUUUUCCUUUUCCAGAGCUUCCCACUUGGAGACAAGAGUGCCGUCAACCUUCGCGGAGAAUACCACACCGAAAAUGUCACGACCUUCGACGGAAACACCAAGAUAGCAUCGAAAGGGAAUGAGGAGGCGGACAUUGAGAUGGCGGAUCAGAAAGAAUCUGAGGAACAGAAAGCCGAGAAGGAUACCCAGCAACCCUCUGGCGACCAAGAGACUCCGAAGACCCCGAAGGUCGUCGUAUCGGAUAAUACCAACAGAGAGGCCGAGAAGAAGGUCGAUUUGGAUGCAUUAUACCCGAUGUUCUGGGGCUUGCAAGCAUACUUUUCAGCACCAACCAGAAUGUUUGAUCCUCAGCACUUUGCGACUUUCAAGACCGGACUUGAGUCGACACUUUCAACUUUCAAAAACAUCAACACGGAUCUCGAAAGCCAAAGUAACAAGUCAGCAGAAGAACUGCGCAAGGCGAUGAAGCGGAAGCGCACAUCGGAUGACACUGAGAUCGCAAGCAGCUUCAACCCGAAGUAUCUUACCAGCAGAGAUCUGUUUGAUCUAGAGGUCAAUGAUACAGCGUUCCGGAGACAUGUCCUUGUGCAGGCCCUAAUUCUCUUGGACUUUAUGCUUUCCCUUACGCCAAAGGCCAAGGCCCGUCUAGCCGACUUGACCAACAAGUCCGUGCUUUACGGCUUUGUGUUGGGUGACGAAGAUGCCAAAUGGGCAACCAAAAUGCGAAAGGCGAUCGAGGAAUACCUCCAGGAAGGGGCAGGCGGCAAAUUUUACUACCGUAUGGUCGACACAGUUCUCUCGCGGGACAAGAACUGGGUCCGGUGGAAAGCCGAAGGCUGUCCACUGAUCGAGCAACCCCCCAUCUCUGUGUCCGAGUACAUUGCUGCCCGAGAGCAAGCGUCCAAAACGUACUCCAACAAACGACUCCGUCCUUCGCCCAUGGGAUCCCUUGACCUGAAGUUCCUGUCCGAAGGCGAGGCACUCGCUAGCCUUGACCGACUCAAGGAGCCAAACCGGUUCGACGUCCCGACGGCAGACUCGUUCAUGAUGGGCAUCAUGGACGAUGAACUCGAUAUUGACAUGGCCCAGUCGAAGGAGGAAAAGGACAACGCUUUACGGUCGAAGGCGAGCAAGACAUGGCGGAUCCUGCGUCUGUCAUCACGGAAUAAGCUAGCUGCGUUCGACAAGAUUGAUGAUGGAAAGAACCUGAAAGCGCUGUUUGAGGAUCCUUCGCUCCCAGAUUUUGAAAAGGGAGCAGGAGCGUCUCAAUCGCAGACACAGAUGCAGACACCAGCACCUGAGGGACAAACGCAGGAACAAACACGAGAGCAGACACAGGAACAGGCGCAAGAGCAGGCGCAAGAGCAAGCAUCAGAACAAACAUCACAAGAACCAACCUCAGCACCCGAGACCGCCCCAGCGCCAGAGCAGCCGGCACAACAACAGUCUGCACCAGAAGAAGCGUCUGCACCCGUACCCGCACCCGCCCCUGCACCAGAACAAACCAUGGAAGAAGUGGCGACAGAAAACACAGAAGGCGGAAACGGCGGUAGUAACGCAUCGGCCGGAGUUUCCGAAGGAGAUUUGCAUCCGGCCGACGAUGGUUGA